AUGGCGAGCUACCUGCUGUGCUGGGGGGGCGGGGCUCUGGAGGACAGGUACCUGUACGCCCCGCCUUACCCGGCCGUGUACAGGAGGAUAAAUCCUGUGUUGAUUCCUGUUGAAGAGCAGCUGUCGGCCGUCUAUUGUUCGCUGCCAAAUUGUAAACCCAUCAAGCGUCCAGUAGUAAGAAGUGACGUCUCACCUGUGACGCCCCCGACCAGCGGCUCGCCCAGCCCCACCCCUCCCUCCUCCCUCCAGCUGAAGCCAACCAAUCAGAGGAGGGGGCGGGACAGCGCGGGUCAGAAGCUGUCGUAUCAUGAGGUCCGGCAGAUCGAGGUGGAGCUGGUGACCCCCAACUCCCGAGGCUCCACCCCCAAGACGGGCAUCAUCCGGCGGACCAUCAAGUACUCUGAGACGGACCUGGACGCCGUGCCGCUGCGCUGCUACAGGGAGACCGACCUGGACGAGGUAAUGCGGGCCGAGGCAGAGGCGGCCGAGGAGGCGGACUCAGCCUUCGGGAGCAACCGCAGCGUCCUGGGAAACUGCAGCUUCAGCCCCGCCGACGCCUCCCCGAAGCCCCGCACAGGUGGAGGGAAGGAGGAGAACGGGGAGGAGGAGGACGAGGACGAGGAGGAGGAGGAAGGAGUGGUGAGCUGGGCCAGCGUCAGGAUGCAGGGAGACCGGCAGAGGCAGCGAGCCACCAAGGAGGAGGACGAGGUGUUCAGUCUGCUGCUGAAGGGGUGAGAACACAGCCAGGAACCAGGUUCACAUUCAUCACAGAGGCUCGGUUCCACCUGCAGGCUCAGCUGUCAUGAAUCCAGAUAAGAGUUAACCCUCUGGAUCUCAU